UGAUCACUUUGCUACCUUAGUAAUUAUCGUAUUCUCCAGUUCCUGGGGCGGCUGGUUCUUCUCUCACUCAGGCGCAUCAAUUCUUCUUCAACCUUUCUCUUUCGUGAAAGCGGCUGCCGACGGCAAGGUUUUUGUUGCUGUUGUUGCUCUUGUUGUUGUUGUUGUUUUACUUUUACUUUUUCUUUUUGCCUUGACAAAGCGUGUUUUACGCCUGCGACGAUCUUUUACCUUGAUUGCCCGUCGGUCGCAGCUUUCAAUCCACUCCUUCUGCUCCGUCUCGUUUCUUUCAUUACUCUCCUUUACUGCCAGUAUUUUCCAGUUACCCUUAUUAGCCCGCGACUCUUGCACAAUCUCGACCCUGUUGCUCACGUCAACAACCGCUUCACCACGUUCGGAUUAAAUCAGACCAUAUCGGAUGGGCAAUAUACAAAGAGAAAAUCAGACAAGACAACACUGCAAUAUAUUUUCGGCUGCCGGCGCGAAUAUUUUGGAUAAAAGUGAAUGAAUUUAUCAGCGAUUAUUACAACUCCCCUACACGCUCAUUCUCGAUAUACAAUGCUUGUUUUGUAGCAGCCAUUCUCCGCGGUCGCUAAGAAUUUGCAUGCUCAUUCGGCUCACGCCUUGCACGAUUGUUUGCGCUCUUUACGAACCGGAAAACAACUGCGCAUGAAACUGGUGCCAUUCCUACUACCUACUGCACGCUUGUUGUCUGGGGCCGCAUACCCGUGUGGCUGAACAGACGAUCAAGACCUUAGUCUCUAUCAGGGUCAGGGGAAUUCUAGAAGUGUAACCUGGGACCCACAGGAUAGGAACAUGCCGUCAAUCGACGUCGCCAUGGCGAGGAGCCUGGGGGGACGGGCCAUGGGUUUAGUAGCCGCUUCGCUGCGGCCGGUGCUGGAUCGCAGAGGGAUCACGGACUCGGCCAACGAUAUUAAAAACAGUUUCAGCAGCUGGGACAACUGUAUGGCAGCCACAUACUGCAAAUGGCCAGUGAUUGCCGUGAUCGUUGUUGUCGGGUUGAUCAUAUUCUCGGUCGUAAUAUGUCUGGUCCGUUGUCUGUGUCUGGCCAAGUCUUGCUGCUGCGCCUGUUUCUCGUGCCUCAAGUGCUGUGGAAAUUGCUGUGGCUGCUGCGACCCGCCGAAAGGAUCACCGCACAAGCACCUGGACGACCCCUACCACAGCGCGCCUCCUACGCAACCUUACCGCGCGCAGGCCCCCAUGACAGCAGGACCGACUGUACCCACAUCCACGACCACUGCCUUUGCCGCACAUCAACCUACCAAGUACGCAGAGUUCGACGUCAGCAAGAAGAGCUCAGGAAACGAUGAUGCACUGCCAGCUAUGCCGACCUGGGACGAAUCUGCCACUACGAAGGUCAUGGUGGAGGAAACUGUCGAGUUGAAAGAAAUCAAGAAGCCUGCGGCCUCGACCACUAGCCUUCACCAACAAAGCGCCCCUUUGAUGGGUGCUCCGACAGUUGGCCCCGCAAGUCCGAGUCCGAUUUCUCCUACCUAUCGCGGUAGCCCCUACGGCGGCUACGAUGCCGGCGGCCGUGACCCGUACAACCGCAACGCCCCUGGCUAUGGGCCAUAUGGUCAGGGAUCGGCGCCGUCCCUCGACCAGGGAUAUGGAGCGGCUGGCGCGAUGGCACAGGGCCAAGGCCGGAGAACCCCCGGCAGCAUGAGCCGCGGACCCAGCCCGUAUGGUGCCCGUACCGGCCCCGGCAUGGGAGGUAAUUACGACGGCUAUAACGAUGGUUACAACGACCAAGGAUAUGCCACGGGAAACCCUCAAAACUCGCCUUAUGGCCGUGAUUUAGCCAGGAGACCCUCCGGCCCAGGACAACAGGGGGGAUAUGGUUACGAUGACAUACCUGGGAGGACGCCUUCCGCCCCUCCCAUGGCAAACUAUGGCUACAACGAUGGGCCUAGAAACUCUGCAGCACCCCAAGGAGGAUAUGGCUACAACGGUGGAUCCAGGAGAUCGCCGGCACCGGAAGGAGAUUAUGCCUACAACGAUGGCUACGACAGCCGACCUUCACAGCGUGAUCAGUAUUCGCCCCUCGGCUCCCAAAAUCCUCCUCCUCAGCGCUCUUACACGAGCCCUAUGCCCACAGGCCCAUCCGUGCCCCUCCAAAACAACAGCAGCUAUGACUUGAACCCGACAAGCAACAGACCGCAUCAGGAUCAAGAUUAUGAUAGUUACGGUCGCCCACAGCCGCCACCUCAACAGAACACGGGUGUUUACAGGGGGGAUAACCGCUCACCUCAACCUCCAGUGCGAUCAAACACGGGAGACGCUGCCUACCCAGGUUUCAAGGCUUAUCAGCCUAACGCCCAGAAUGAUUACAGGUAGAACACCUUCGCAAGGUCAGCGGCCCAUAUGGCUCUGCCAACAUAAUGAUCAAGUGUGAUACCCCAUAACUUGCUCCCUAAUGAAACAUCUGAGUAUAUUUCUUUGUAAAUCUCCUACCUGUACGAGUCGCAUUCUUCCGUCGGCAUGACCGUUGGUACCUGCAGACGAUUGCAACAUCUUCAAAAUGAAAAAAAAAAGACGGGGAAAAGACGGUCUUGUGCCUGUUGUAUAAAAAACUAUCUUGAAGAAGGCCGUAUCUCGCCCGCCUCAUUCGCUUUCUUUGUACAUUGUGCUCCGACAGACUACAGACUUUUGUAUGCCAUGUACAUCUUGGCUCCAUUUCGCUAUAUAUAUCCAAAUAUAAUGACUUCACUAUGCAAAAAAACCCAUUAUACUUGG